AUGCGUGAGAUUGUUCACCUCCAGACCGGUCAGUGCGGUAACCAAAUUGGUGCUGCUUUCUGGCAAACCAUCUCUGGCGAGCACGGCCUCGACAGCAAUGGUGUCUACAACGGUACCUCCGAGCUCCAGCUCGAGCGCAUGAGUGUCUACUUCAACGAGGCCUCUGGCAACAAGUAUGUUCCCCGAGCCGUCCUCGUCGAUCUUGAGCCUGGUACCAUGGACGCUGUCCGUGCUGGUCCCUUCGGUCAGCUCUUCCGUCCCGACAACUUCGUUUUCGGUCAGUCCGGUGCUGGAAACAACUGGGCCAAGGGUCACUACACUGAGGGUGCCGAACUUGUCGACCAGGUCCUCGACGUUGUCCGCCGUGAGGCCGAGGGCUGCGAUUGCCUUCAGGGUUUCCAGAUCACCCACUCCCUCGGUGGUGGUACCGGUGCCGGUAUGGGUACUCUACUUAUUUCCAAGAUCCGCGAGGAAUUCCCCGACCGAAUGAUGGCCACCUUCUCCGUCGUUCCCUCUCCCAAGGUUUCUGACACCGUCGUUGAGCCCUAUAAUGCAACCCUCUCUGUCCACCAGCUGGUCGAGAACUCUGACGAGACCUUCUGUAUCGACAACGAGGCCCUCUACGAUAUCUGCAUGCGCACCCUGAAGCUGUCCAACCCCUCCUACGGUGACCUCAACUACCUUGUUUCUGCUGUUAUGUCCGGUGUCACCACCUGUCUCCGUUUCCCCGGUCAGCUGAACUCCGACCUCCGAAAGCUCGCCGUCAACAUGGUGCCUUUCCCUCGUUUACACUUCUUCAUGGUCGGCUUUGCACCUCUGACCAGCCGUGGUGCUCACUCUUUCCGCGCUGUCAGCGUUCCUGAGUUGACCCAACAGAUGUUCGACCCCAAGAACAUGAUGGCUGCUUCGGACUUCCGCAACGGUCGCUACCUGACCUGCUCGGCCAUUUUCCGUGGCCGUGUCGCUAUGAAGGAGGUCGAGGACCAGAUGCGCAACGUCCAGAGCAAGAACUCGUCUUACUUCGUUGAAUGGAUUCCCAACAAUAUCCAGACAGCCCUUUGUGCCAUCCCUCCCCGAGGACUUACGAUGUCUUCGACCUUCAUCGGAAACUCCACCUCUAUCCAGGAGCUCUUCAAGCGCGUUGGUGAGCAGUUCACUGCCAUGUUCCGACGCAAGGCUUUCUUGCAUUGGUAUACUGGCGAGGGUAUGGACGAGAUGGAGUUCACUGAGGCUGAGUCCAACAUGAACGAUCUUGUCUCCGAAUACCAGCAGUACCAGGAUGCUGGUAUUGAUGAGGAGGAAGAGGAGUACGAGGAGGAGCUCCCUGAGGGCGAGGAGUAA